AUGGAUGAGGUGUGUAGUGGAAAGAAAUCUGAAAUUUCUAUCUUUGAGGAUGGUGCUUUGAGAUUUGGGAGUAGACUUUGUGUGCCAAAUGAUCCAUUGAUUAAAAAGGAGAUUCUAGAGGAGGCUCACUAUUCCCCAUAUACAAUACAUCCAGCCCAAAGUAGACAAAAGAGCUAUUAUGAUAUUAAAAGGAAGGCUUUGGAACUUGAAAUUGGAGAUAAAGUUUUCCUACGGGUUGCACCUAUGAAAGGGGUAAUGAGAUUUGGCAAAAAGGGUAAGUUAAGCCCUAGGUUUGUAGGGCCUUUUGAGGUCUUGGAGAGAGUGGGCGAAGUUGCAUAUAGAAUUGCCCCACCACCGGCCUUGUCAGGAAUUCAUAAUGUUUUCCAUGAGUCUAUGUUGAGGAAAUAUAUUCCUGACCCUUCACAUGUUUUGAGCUAUGAGCCUCUUCAGAUUAGAGAUGAUUUAUCAUAUGAAGAAGUUCCGGUAGAGAUUUUGGAUCGUAAGGAGCAAGUGUUACAUAGUAGAACAAUAUCUUGGGUAAAGGUGCUUUGGAAGAAUCAUUCAGUGAAAGAGGCAUCUUGGGAAUGUGAGGACGAUAUGUUGUCAAGAUAUCCAAGCCUUUUUCAAGAUCAAGGUACGUAA